UAGGGGAGAACACUUUUAGGACUUAAAAAUCCCGCGUAACAUCCCUUGUUGUGACAUUAGCUACUUUUGCCUGGGUCACAUCCUCUGACAGGUAGUUGCGGUUGUUAUCAACAAAUUGCUGGGGAAACGUAGAUAACCAACCAAGGUUUUCUAACUUUAGUUAGCUAGCUUAUCGCAAUUUAAGCUAACUUGUAGCUAAGUAUGCUAAAAUGAAAAUGUCACAAAACUUUACUCUCUGGAAUUAAUUAUUAAGUUUUCACGAAGGUAACAUUAACAGUUUAGCCUAGCUAGAUAAUAAGAAUGAAUUGCCAUGUCGAGUUUAAAAUCAAUUUACUUCAAAUCGCUGAGGAAAUUUAGCUAACACCAACGUAAGCAUUUCAGUCUGGAAGUGAUUUAACAGAGUUUGCCGAAGUUAGCGUUAGGCUAACAGUAACUGGCUAAUAAGACUGAUUUCAGAAUUAAAAUCGCUACUUUUAAAUGAGCUUAAUCCUCUAUCAUGCUCUAAUGUAGCUAAGUGUUGUAGUUAUAAAUGUACCGUUAUUGUAUUGUGUUAUAAUACCGUAAAUCGCUGGGUUGAAUUAGCUAAUGCUAAUGUUAUUCCUCAAUUUAGGAACCUUUUGCUAGCUUAAACCCCUACAGCUGCGUGGUAAUAAUAAUAUAAUAACCCUCGGUAUAUUCUGUUCAAGUGGUCUGAGAGAAAACUAGACUUCUGCACCUCCUCUUGGCUGUUUCCAGGCCAUGGCCACGGGAACAUUUUGAGUUGGGGAUGCUGACAAAUUUUCGAGAGUGACAUUUUCAACCAAAGGCAACCCCCACACACCACACUGCAUCCAUCACAACGCUCCACACGCGGAACAACUAAAACAAGAAUGAAACCCAAACCCCAAGACAGGGUACUAGGCAUGGGUAACAGGACAUAGGCAUAAAGCUACGACAAUGGUACAGAAUAGGCCUACUACACUACAAGCUCAACCACUGAGCCACAAAACACAAAGAUAUACUCAUCACUGAAUUCAAUUAAAUCAAAAGUUAGCUGCCUCGUCGUCUGUUGCUAGCAGGGUCGAUGUGGGAGUGACAGAUGGAGAGGUGCUGCUGCAAUUUCUUUCGAUUACAUUUUAUGAGUUUUCUGACUUGGGUCUAUUAGUUUUUCACAGGUAUGUAUAGAUAGAUAGAUAGCUUUUAUUGUUAGACUCAAGGUUCAUUUAUAGAGACAUCUUUAUAAACUAUAAAUCAGAACAACCAGACAUCACAGCUAAAACAUUUAUAAAAGUGUAUAUGAUGCGACCCAGGCAAAAAGUAACUUCACCUGACGCUGGACGGUCCCAGAGGCGGGAAAGGAGGGAUUUUGCAGCACCAUCUCCCGGCCCGGACCCCGCCUCUGCCUCUGGAAAGUUUUGGUCUGUCCUCUCUCCGUGGAUGACUUGACAAUGAUAAACCGUGGGCGGCUGCGGAGAUGGUAUACGGGGAACACCAGCCGGGGUAUAGGAUGCCUCAGAGAUAGGCAAGCCUAAUGACGCAACUGGUUUACUCAACACAGCUUCAAAAUUGUGAGGGACAGGAUAAUACUUGCAGGGUUUCCCACGUUUCCUAUGACCAAAAGCAGGCUGAGGACUCGGAACCUGACAGAUAUAACGUGACACAGGCACACAGACCCUCUUCCGACUUCUGGCAACAAGCUUCUCCGGACACCAGAUACCAACAGAUGCAAACUUUUAUGAUGGCAUACCUUAUAUUGAUUUUUUUACCUUUUGUUUUCAGUACACGGGCGCGCAUAUUAGCUGGAUAUGAAACGGUCAUCUCCAAAGAGCCAUACAAGGAGAGCCGGAAAGUUCUUACUACAAUGGGCGAAGAAUGCAAGUUCCCAUUUCGUCAGGGUGGUAGGAUUCAUCAUCGCUGCCUCACCAUCCUAUCCUCAAAACCAUGGUGCUCCCUCACACAUAAUUUUGAUCGGGACCGGCAGUGGGGCUUCUGUGCACCGGAGAAAACUCAGCCAGAGGUUUUUGUCCACACAUCACGUAGAAUCCCAGAUCCAUGUCGGGUGAAUCCAUGUCAGCAUGGAGGCGUCUGCACGCUGAUCCCACAAAUACAAUCGUUUGAGUGCUCCUGUCCUGAGCGCUUCACUGGGAGACUCUGUGAGCAGAAGAAGUGCUAUGAAACUUUACACCUGCGCCAUUAUGACAUCGGAGAGUCUUGGGGACGGAUUCACCUCCGCAAUGUGGAACAGUGCACAUGUGUAGCAGGGGAAAUCAUGUGUGAAAGAGUUCAAUACACAAUGUGCCGUUCAAACCCUUGUCAGAAUGACGGAACGUGUCGACUGAUCACAUCAACCGACAAGGAAGUGUGUAACUGCAGACGUGGCUACAGCGGCCCAUACUGUAGCUUAGAGCCAGAGACAGAGUGCUACAACAGGAGGGGCACAGAUUACAGAGGACUGGUGGGCACCACGGUGUCCGGCGCCCGGUGUGUGGCGUGGAACUCAGACCUACUAUAUGACGAGCUCCACGUGGGCACGGUGGACGUUUCGUCCCUCAGGGGCCUCGGGGAACAUGCCUACUGCAGAAACCCUGAUGAAGACAAGAUGCCGUGGUGCUACACACUAAAUGACGCCACCAUCUCUUGGGAGUACUGUGACGUCCCCUCCUGUGUUAUGUCUGUGUCUUCUUCACGAAGGAUUGUCCCAUUUAAUGUCACACCCGGCAUUAAAAAACUUCAGCCCCCUGUACCUCCCAAAAAGCAUGUGUGUGGAAAAAAACACAGUAAAAGGUUAUCGGUAGCCAGGGGGCGGAUAUUGGGCGGAACAUCAGCACUACCAGGUAAUCACCCCUGGAUGGCAGCCAUUUACAUCGGAGAGUCAGACUUCUGCGCCGGCACCAUGGUCUCUUCUUGCUGGAUUGUCUCUGCGGCUCACUGCUUCUUCCGCAACCCCCUGAAGUCUCAGCUUCGAGUGGUGCUCGGUCAGCAGAGAUUCAACGUCACGGGUCCCAACACCAGGACAUUCGGAGUGGAGAAGUACAUCUUUCCUAAACAGUUCUCAGUGUUUAAUCCAACACUACAUGACAUUGUUCUGAUCAAACUGGCGAAGCAGGACGGGCGGUGUGUGAAGAGAACCCCGUUCAUCAGACCCAUCUGUCUCCCAGACAAAAGCAUGACGUUCCCUGAUGGGUACUGCUGUACUAUUAGCGGCUGGGGACACAUGCAUGAGAAGGCACAGGGUUACUCUAGUCUGCAGGAGGCUGGAGUGAGGCUGAUUCCUCAUGACACUUGUAGGAAGCCAAAUGUUUAUGGCAACCAUGUCACUGACGACAUGCUUUGUGCAGGGCUCAACGGCUGUGUCGACGCCUGCCAGGGCGACUCCGGGGGCCCUCUGGCUUGUUCGAGGGAUGAUGUCAGCUUCCUGUAUGGGAUCAUCAGCUGGGGAGAGGGCUGCGGCCGCUCUCAAAAACCUGGUGUUUACACUAAAGUAGGGAACUAUAUCGAUUGGAUCAAUUCAGUGAUCAGACACAAACCCAAGGCUUCAUAAAUGGACAUUACCUGGACAUUAGUUUUUAAUAUAUGAAAUAUUGUACUAUAUUGUAUUUUGUUUUUAUUUGUAAUUCUUGUGAAAGUUUAUUAUAUUUUUUAACUGUGAAACAUGUUGUGACUGAAUAAACCUUUACUGACUUGA